AUGUUUGAAUCUAUAAGCAGUUGGAUAAGAAUACGGAAGAAGGAGGAGCUAGAGCUCGCCCAAGAACAGCUCAUAAAAUACUCUUUACCCUUCUUUAAUGCAGACGAUGGGCUGGGACGGACCGCCCGAAUUUCGAAGGCGAUGCUUGAUGGCGAUGGCAACUACUUGAAUGAACUCUCCAUCAGCAACCUCAAUGGUGAAGAUGAUAAAGUAGCAGAUAACUUGUUGAUGAUUCAUGGUUAUGGUGCUGGUCUCGGUGUGUUUUGCCGCAAUUAUGACUCGAUGACCCGGUUGGAGGAUAAAUCCAGAAAGUUUCAGCUCUUCUCAAUAGACAUGCUAGGCCACUCACUUUCUAGUUCAACGCCUUUCAAUUUUAAAGAGGAAGGAUUUAGAAGUCCUAAGGUGAGUUUUUACUACAAAAAAGAGCCAAAUCAGCUCCAAGAGGCCCAGUCCAGCGUAGCAUCUUUAGGGAAAUUACCAAGCUCUCAAAUCAAAGCUGAAGUGAAAAUACCAUCCCUUGAUUUUUUAGAUGACCAAGGCACCCUAAGAAAGCUUGCAGAAACCACCAAAAAGACUACUGAAUUGUAUGAAAAUUAUUACGUCGAGUCUAUUGAGAAGUGGAGACAGCUGAAAAACUUGUCAAAAAUCAAUUUGCUUGGUCAUUCAUUUGGCGGGUAUUUGUCACUAUGCUAUGCUUUGAAAUACCCCGAUAAUGUGGAAAAGUUGAUAUUAGUAUCACCUGUGGGCAUAGAAAGAUCUGUUUAUUCUAUCAACUCUAUGAAACAGCUCAGUGAUAAAAAGGCUUUGACUGGGAUUGAAGCUUCUGCAGAUUCACUCAGCUAUUCCAACUUCGGAAUGUUAACUAGAUUACCAUCUGUUUUUAUAAAGCUUUGGGAUACUUCUAGCUUGCCAUUUGGCAUUCUUCGAAAUAUGGGUCCUGUUGGCGUGUGGAUGGCUUCAGGUUAUGCGUCAAGAAGGUACCAACAAAGUGCCACUGAUGAGAAAGAACUCGAUUUACUAUCAAAAUACGUUUUAGCAACUUUUUGGAAGAAAUCAUCUACUGAAAAGGCUAUUACUAGACUAUUGGCGCCUAUCGGUGCUGCUCGAGACCCUGGAUUUGAUAAACUUGUAGCUUUUAAGGAGGCACAGGCUGACGGAAGAAUCGCAGCUAAAUUUCCUGAAACUUUAUGGAUAUACGGUGACAAAGAUUGGAUGGAUGUUAAAGCGGGAAGAGCUGCUUCUAAUUACAUCAACAGACUGGAUUUAGGAGCCAAAUCAAGUUUCAAAAUCAUCCCAGAUAGUGGACAUAAUAUUUUUUUGGAUAACCCACAGGGUUUCACCUCAGUGAUAAAGAAGUUUCUCAAUUGGGAAUGA